AUGGCCAUUCUCCGCGUGCCCUACACCGAUCCCUUACCCCUCCCUAAGAUAAUCCCUGCAAGCGCAACAACAACAUCUGGUGCCAUCGCUGCACUUGUUGACUUUCUAUCACCCUCGUUAUCGAGCUCGAGACCAUACCUACGAGGCUCAAGUCCAGUCAAGCAUGGGAAGACGCUGCUGUUGACGGGAGCGGGAAUCAGUGUAGCGUCUGGGCUUGCAGACUAUCGUGGCCCAAACGGGACAUAUACGCAAAACAAGACAUAUAGACCGAUUUACUACCAUGAGUUCUGCGAGAACCACGAGGCGAGGAAGAGGUAUUGGGCUAGGAGCUUUCUUGGCUGGACGAAUCUGAACAAGGCGAGGCCGAACAGAGCGCAUGAGGCUUGUGGGGACUUGGGACGGUUGGGCGUCGUAGGGAAGGUCAUCACGCAGAAUGUAGAUUCUUUCCACCCCCAAGCGCAUCCGUCCCUUCCCACGACCGAGCUCCACGGCUACCUGCGCAACCUCGUGUGCAUAACAUGUCGAAACGAGUACGACCGCCGGCUUUUUCAAGACCAGCUCGCAAAACUGAACCCCGCUUGGAAGACGUUUCUUGAGGAGAUGCUUGCUUCAGGGGCUCUCGACUCCGAGAAUCCGGACGAACGGCGAAAGAAGGGACUGAAGACAAACCCAGACGGUGACGCAGAUGUACCAGAUGCACCGUACACAACAUUUAGAUAUCCUGCAUGUCCAACGUGCUUGCAAACCCCGCCACGGAAGGCAGACGGUGGUGUAGUCAAGGUCGAGACGGACGAUGAUGGCGCCUGGAAACACGGCAGUGAAGGCGGUGUGCUAAAGCCUGCUGUCAUCAUGUUUGGGGAGAGUAUACCUGCGGCGACGAAAGUCGCUGCUGAGCAGGCUGUUGAUGAUGCUGGAAGACUGCUGGUUAUUGGGAGUAGUCUUGCGACAUACUCGGCUUGGAGGCUAGUGAAGAAAGCAAAAGAGCAGAAGCUGCCGAUUGGAAUACUGAACAUGGGCGGUGCAAGGGGAGAGGAGGCGUUCUUUAGCGAUGUCGAGGAAAGCAACACCGGGCGGCAGGCCGUAAGGAUCUCGGAGAACGUAGAGAAGGUUUUGCCGCAGGUUGCCAAGAUUUUGGAGAAGAUGAAGACACGAGGGUGA